AUGGAAACCCAGCAAAGAUCCGGACACCACUCACUUUGCCACACCUGCCGGAGAACGGAGAGCUGCAGGAUGAAGGUCAAGAAUAUGUGCUCGACCAGCCGUGCGUUGCUCUUUGCGCUGGCUCUCACGCUCUACGUUGUGGAAAUGGCCUCGGCAGAGACGUUGUGUGGGGGAGAGCUGGUGGAUGCGCUGCAGUUUGUCUGCGAAGACAGAGGCUUCUAUUUCAGUAGGCCAAACAGCAGGAAUAACAAUCAUCGGCGCCCCCAGAACCGUGGGAUUGUAGAGGAGUGUUGUUUCCGUAGUUGUGACCUCAACCUGCUGGAGCAAUACUGUGCCAAACCAGCGAAGUCCGAGAGGGACGUGUCGUCCUCCUCUAUGCAGGGCAUGCCCGUCAUGCCCGCGCUAAAGCAGGAAGCCCCAAGGAAGCCGCAUGUGACCGUGAAGUAUUCACGGGCAGAUGAAUACGAGGUGUGGCAGAGGAAGGCGGCCCAGCGGCUCCGGAGGGGUGUCCCUGCCAUCCUGAGGGCCAAAAAGUUUCGGAGGCAGGCGGAAAAGAUUAAAGCCAAGGAGCAGGCCAUCUUCCACCGGCCCCUGAUCAGCCUUCCCAGCAAACUGCCCCCUGUGUUGCACACCACGGACAACUUUGUCAACCACAAGUGA